CUCCGGUCUCCGAGAGAGGAGAGAGGCGCACAGAUCGACAGAGAGCCCAGCGGACCGUUGACGUAUCCUGCCCAUCUCCCCGACGAGACAGACGAGUUGUCAUCCAACACCGUCCAUUCAAAAGACAAGAAAAUGCUGGAGAAGUCAAACAGCCAAUACGAUUCCUUCCUCUUCUGGAGGCAGCCAAUCCCUGCCCUGGACGUGUCGGAGCUGGAGGACCUCGGUCUGAUGGACAGCAAGAUGACCAAUCAGGGAAAGGAUAAGGCCUCCCAGCUGUCCACACCCAGGAACCCGAAUGAAGAGGGCGAAUUUGCAGAAUACUCCUCCUUUAACUUUUGGAGAGCUCCCAUCGUCAACAUCGACUCCUUGCUGGCCGACCUCAACCUGCUGCUGUAAAACCUGCUUCUCCUCCUCUCCUUUCCGCUCCUCCCCUUUCCUCCCAUCCCCUAACUUCCGUCCUCUCCCCCCUCUCCCAAAUCCGUUGGUGGUGAAGCUCACCAGUGUCUGUAGUUUCCGUGAUUAGACAUUUUGGUUUAGAUAUAUGAAUCAGGGCAUUUUCUGGCUCCAACACAGCUCGAUACACAUCAGUACGUCUCGGGAGGAUUUGGUGUCCUUGCUCGGAGACUCCUCGGCAGAACAAAAAAGGUGUUGACAGACACCAGUAGGUCUGUGGCAGAAAUCUGUCCCGUGAACUUUGGUCAAGAGUUCUAUUUAUUUAUUUAUUUGCCUAUUUAUUUAUUUAUUUAUUUAUUGAAUUACGCCAACCUGGUUUUGUCAGUGGUUAUCUCCUAGAAACAGAAUUUGACUUGGUAAUAAUUGUGAUCUGGGUCGUUGGGCCGGAGCGAGAGAGCAGAGAAAGAGACGAGAGAGAGAGGGACACACGAGAGAAAUGGGUAUUUAUGAUUUGGUGCGAUAGACGAAACGGCCGCGCUCUUCUCCGUUUGCGGGUUUGUCGCGGCAGAGAUGUUCAUGUGUCGGUGGAAAUGAAUGGAGCAGCUGUGUGCGCUACACAUGCGGUUCCCGUCUGACACACACGUCGUUUCACAAGAAGGGAAGUCGACGCGUUAAGACCGCAAGUAACAAAAAGCAGUCCAGCGAAUGUUCUCCGUAUCGAAAUACGGUCGCUGAUCACUUUCUGUCACGUCACCCCGUAAAGCUGUGUUCCAUUGGGCGUGUGUAACUAUUAAAACACAAUCUCACAGACUCGCUUUAGAUAGUUUAUUUCAGAUUGGGAGAGAAACCCCCAAUCUGUAGCCGAGGUUUGUGCCAAACGGAGGGAUUCUGAAGGUUUUUAUAAGAGACGUCAAGCGUUGCCACAGAAAUCUACGGAUAGCGAUUGGAUAUUCGAAAAUGUGUUUGUCCAACUUUCCUUCUCCUUCAGUAUCUAGAAAAUCCUACUCGUAUUUUUCACUAUAGGAAGAAACAGAACCUGUACUCAUACGCCACCGGUUCAGUCAGAUUAUUACUGUAGACUUCUGGGCGUGUGAGAUUGGCCAUUUAGAGUUUGCCCAUUAGACCAGUCAGUGGUAUUGAUCCUGGUAAUCGCUGUCAUUGAUCUCAGACUGAGUGAAAGGCAGCGUUUCAUCACACAAAUCGUGUCCCCGCCCUUGGUCAAAUAGAACUGCAACUCAAAAACAAGCAGAAGUAAAAAAAUGAAAAGGAAGCCACUCGUGUCUGUUUUCUGUUUGCAUAGGUUGCCUUGUAGUAGACCUCACAUCUGGCCUCUGUAUUAUACAUGUUUAUUUUUCUGUUGCGUUCGUGAGCAGGCCUCAAACUAGUGCAAUGACUGACGUUUGUGUAAGUGCAAACGUCUCUUCACGUGGCAGAAAUCUGAUGCUGUUCUGUUGGGGGAUGAGGUGCGGAUCAUUUCUGCAGAUGCACGGUGCUCCUGAUCUGAUCUUUCAUUUGCCCAUCUCGUUUGUUUUUUGAAACCUUACUAAAUGUUGAAUGUCAACGAGGAUCCGACUUCUCUGAUUUUUAAGUAAAUCUAUACUGAGGGUGCAGGAGUAGCUGCUGUAGGGUGCUAAAGGGUGUAGGCCAGGGCUAUUUAACAGAACAACGGAGACGCUGCACCCUCAGCAUCCUUGGAAUGUGUUUUAGUUGGUCAAUGUGAUGUUUCAUUCGCUGGGUUAACAGCUGCACGAGUUGUCAACAUGCACUGAGCUCUCAAACACACGUCCUACUUGUAAUCUGCAUUUUCUGAAAUAAAACCCUGCUAAUG